AUGUGUACCAUUGAAGGUCUCCAUUUCAAAUCCACCUACCGUGCUCGAGUGAAGGCGCAUAACCAAUCCGGUUACAGUGCCUACAGCGAUCGACUAGUAAUCCAGACAUCAGCUCAGUCCUGGUUCCACUUGGAUGGUACGCGCUCCUCUACAAGUGGGUUACAAUUUUCCAACUCCAACAGGUCCGUAACUUGUCAGUCUAUGGAGGACUGUGUCGCACUAGCAUCGACGGGCUUAUCCCGAGGCGUCCAUUACUGGGAAUUCGUAAUCGACCGACUAGAUCCUGGAGGCCAACCUUCAUUUGGAAUCGCCAAGAAUGAUUGCAACAAAGAAGCAAUGCUAGGGCAUGAUGCACGUGCAUGGGCCAUGUAUAUUGAUCAGAAACGUAGUUGGUUCCUCCAUAACGGUGAACAUUUCGAACGAACUGAUGGAGGUAUCUGUGUUGGAAGCGUGAUCGGUGUUCGACUGGACUGCGAACGCGGUAGUCUCGCCUAUUACCUUGACGAUGAGCCCCAUGGACCAAUCGCAUUCAACAAUCUACCAUCUGGUGUUUACUAUCCCGCUAUCAGUCUCAAUCGUGAUGUUCAAGUCACACUCCGAUCCGGUCUCGAACCACCAUCAUCAGAUAGUGAAGAUAGUGAUGAGAAUACAUCGUCAUCGCCCCUCCUUAAUAGACCAAUGUCUGGAAAAUCAAAUCAAUAA